CCUAUUGGCAUUGAGGAGGUAGGGAGCCAGCCCCUGGGCGCGGCCUGCAGGGUACUGGCAACCGCCUGGGUAAGCGGGGGCAGGACAAGGCCGGAGCCGGUGUCCGCCCGGCAGCCGCCCGCAGCUGCAGAUAGUCCCGCUGCGCCUCCGCCGCGUGCGCCCUCCUCGACCCGCGGACCCGCGCUGCGCUCCGCCGCUGACAUGUGUGCCGCUCAGAUGCCGCCCCUGGCGCACAUCUUCCGAGGGACGUUCGUCCACUCCACCUGGACCUGCCCCAUGGAGGUGCUGCGGGAUCACCUCCUCGGCGUGAGCGACAGCGGCAAAUGUUUUUAGAAGAAGCAUCUCAACAAGAAAAACUGGCCAAAGAAUGGUGCUUCAAGCCAUGUGAAAUAAGAGAACUGAGCCACCAUGAGUUCUUCAUGCCUGGGCUGGUUGAUACACACAUCCAUGCCUCUCAGUAUUCCUUUGCUGGAAGUAACAUAGACCUGCCACUCUUGGAGUGGCUGACCAAGUAUACAUUUUCUGCAGAACACAGAUUCCAGAACAUCGACUUUGCAGAAGAAGUAUACACCAGAGUUGUUAGGAGGACACUAAAGAAUGGAACAACCACAGCUUGUUACUUUGCAACAGUUCACACUGACUCAUCUCUGCUCCUUGCUGAAAUUACAGAUAAAUUUGGACAGCGGGCAUUUGUGGGCAAAGUUUGCAUGGAUUUGAAUGACACUUUUCCAGAAUACAAGGAGACCACUGAGGAAUCGAUCAAGGAAACCAAGAGAUUUGUGUCAGAAAUGCUUCAAAAGAACUAUUCUAGAGUGAAGCCCAUAGUGACACCACGUUUUUCCCUCUCCUGCUCUGAGACUUUGAUGGGUGAACUUGGCAACAUUGCUAAAACCCGUGAUUUGCACAUUCAGAGCCAUGUAAGUGAAAAUCGUGAUGAAGUUGAAGCUGUGAAAAACUUAUACCCCAGUUAUAAAAACUACACAGAUGUGUAUGAUAAAAACAAUCUUUUGACAAAUAAGACAGUGAUGGCACAUGGCUGCUACCUCUCUGCAGAAGAACUGAAUGUAUUCCAUGAACGAGGAGCAUCCAUCGCACACUGUCCCAAUUCCAAUUUAUCGCUCAGCAGUGGAUUUCUAAAUGUGCUAGAAGUCCUGAAACAUGAAGUCAAGAUAGGGCUGGGUACAGACGUGGCUGGUGGCUAUUCAUAUUCCAUGCUUGAUGCAAUCAGAAGAGCAGUGAUGGUUUCCAAUAUCCUUUUAAUUAAUAAGGUAAAUGAGAAAAGCCUCACCCUCAAAGAAGUCUUCAGACUAGCUACUCUUGGAGGAAGCCAAGCCCUGGGGCUGGAUGGUGAGAUUGGAAACUUUGAAGUGGGCAAGGAAUUUGAUGCCAUCCUGAUCAACCCCAAAGCAUCCGACUCUCCCAUUGACCUGUUUUAUGGGGACUUUUUUGGUGAUAUUUCUGAGGCUGUUAUCCAGAAGUUCCUCUAUCUAGGAGAUGAUCGAAAUAUUGAGGAGGUUUAUGUGGGCGGAAAGCAGGUGGUUCCGUUUUCCAGCUCAGUGUAAGACCCUCGGGCGUCUACGAAGUUCUCCUGGGAUUAGCGUGGUUCUGCAUCUCCCUUGUGCCCAGGUGGAGUUAGAAAGUCAAAAAAUAGUACCUUGUUCUUGGGAUGACUAUCCCUUUCUGUGUCUAGUUACAGUAUUCACUUGACAAAUAGUUCGAAGGAAGUUGCACUAAUUCUCAACUCUGGUUGAGAGGGUUCAUAAAUUUCAUGAAAAUGUCUCCCUUUGGAGCUGCUCAGACUUACUUUAAGCUCAAACAGAAGGGAAUGCUAUUACUGGUGGUGUUCCUACGAUAAGACUUAAGCAAAGCCUUUUUCAUAUUUGAAAAUGUGGAAAGAAAAGAUGUUCCUAAAAGGUUAGAUAUUUUGAGCUAAUAAUUGCAAAAAUUAGAAGACUGAAAAUGGACCCAUGAGAGUAUAUUUUUAUGAGGGAGCAAAAGUUAGACUGAGAACAAAUGUUAGAAAAUCACUUCAGAUUGUGUUUGAAAAUUAUAUACCGAGCAUACUAAUUUAAAAAGAGAACUUGUUGAAUUUUAAAACGUGUUUCUAGGUUGACCUUGUGUUUUAGAAAUUUGCACUUAAUGGAAUUUGCAUUUCAGAGAUGUGUUAGUGUUGUGCUUUGCCUUCUUUGGGGAUGAAUGUCAGAAAUUGAAUGCCACAUGCUUUCAUAAUAUAGUUUUGUGCUUCAAAGUGUUUGACAGAAGUUGGGUAUUAAAGAUUUAAAGUCUCUUAGGAAUAUUAUUCAUGUAAUUACAUGGCAUAAAUAGUUGUAUUUUUGUGUACUUUAAAAUCAACUUAUAACUGUGAGAUGUUAUUGCUUCCAUUUUAUUAGAAGAGAAACAAAUUCCAUGCUUUAUGGAAUUUAUGUAGACUGGAGUCUUCGUGAACUGGGGCAAGUGCUGGCAUCCAGGAGCCGCCAAUACUAACAGGACAGGUUCCAUUGCCAUGGCCUAUUCCACCCAAACAAUAUGUUGUAGUUUCUGGAAAUUCCAUACUCAGAUAUCAGUCUGCUAGAACUUUAAAAUGAAGGACAAAUCCUGUUAAAGAAAUAUUGUUAAAAAUCUUUAAACCCUGUGUAUUGAAAGCACUCUAUUUUCUAAUUUUAUCCAGUUUUCUGUUUAACUCCUUAUAAUUUUUAGGAUAUUAGAAUUUUAGGAUAAUGAAGAGUAUAUAAUGUCCUACUUAAUAUUUACAUUAAUAGGACUUAAUUCUUACUAGACAUCUAGGAACAUUACAAAGCAAAGAAUAUUUUUAUGCUUCCAUAACCUAGAAUUAAAACCAAAUUAUGACCUUAUGAUAAAUCUUUAAGUAUUGGUGUGAAUGUUAUUUAAAUUCUAUAUUUUUCUUAUUUAGUUACAAAUACUAGAAAUGAGCAAGGAAAAGGAAUAGACUUUCUUAAUAUAUUAUAACACUCAUUCCUAGAGCUUAGGGGUGACUCUUUAAUAUUACCUUAUAGUAGAAAACUUUAUAUAAUAUAGCUAACUCUGUAUUUACAGAACAAAAAACACAGUUCCCCCUCCUGUAGUAUAAAUUUUAUUUUCACAUACUUAGCUAAUUUAGCAGUAAUUGGCCCAGUUUUUUCCCUAAUAGAAAUACUAUUAGGUUUGAUUAUGUAUACAUGACACCUAAAGAGGGAACAAAAGUUUAGUUUUAUUUUUUUAAUAAACAACAGAGUUUGUUUUGUGAGAUAAGUAGCUUAGUAAACCCAAUUUCCAGUCUUAGUCUGUAUUUCCAAUAUUUCUAAUUCCUGAGUCAUGUCAAAGAUGCCUUGCCAAAUUUCUCCCCAUUUCUCUACGGGGCUAGCAAGAAUCUUCAGCUUUAUCCCUCAACCCCUGCCAAAGGAACUUGAUUACAUGGUGCCUAACCAAAUGAGUAGGCUUAGGAAUUUAGAUGAGAUGUGUAAGAUUCACUUACAGGCAGUAGCUGCUUCUAGCGUUUGCAAGAUCCUACACUUUUACCUUCUUUAAGGGUGUACAUUUUGAUGUUGAACAUCAGUUUUCAUGUAGACUUAGGACUCGUGCAGUAAAUAUAAAUAAGUGUAGCAUCAGAAGCAGUAGGAAUGGCCGUAUACAACCAUCCUGUUAAACAUUUAAAUUUAGCUCUGAUAGUGUGUUAAGACCUGAAUAUCUUUCCUAGUAAAAAUAGGAUGUGUUGAAAUGUUUAUAUGUACUUUGAUCUCUCCGCAUCACUUAUAACUUAUGUGUUUUAUUUCUCCAAGUGCGGUGUUCCUGAAUGUUAUGUAUGCUUUUUUUUCUGUACCACAGGCAUUAGCUAUACCUGGGGCCAGAUUUUCUGCACUUUGAAAUGUUGCCUUUGCCUAAUGUAGGUUGACUUUCUGAAUUGUGGAGAGGCACUUCUCCAAGCCAAUCUUAUUUGUCACUUUUUGUUUGAAUAUCUUGCUCUCUGACAGGAAAGAAACAAUUCACUUACCAGCCUCCUCACCCCACCCUCCACCAUUUCCUUAACGUUCCAUGGUAUUUUCAACAGAAUACACUUUGAAAGG